AAACGCUACACAGACGAAGUCCGCGUUCUAGGUUAUUCAUCUAAGUACAGAUGAUAUAAAUAAUCUGUGCCUGUGAUCUGUGCAGUGUGCACUAAAUUCUAUCUUUUUUUUUUGUCUAUGAAAAUCUUUCUUUCCGUACAAAAGUCAAAAUGAAGAUUGGACUUUGUGCCUACAGUGGAUUUAAAAUAUAUCCUGGCCAUGGAAAAACCAUGGUUAAGGUUGAUGGCAAGUCAUUCACAUUCUUAAAUUCAAAAUGUGAAGCAGCCCAUUUGAUGAGAAGGAAUCCCCGUAAAGUGACAUGGACUGUGCUCUACAGACGCAAGUUCAAGAAGGGUCAAGAAGAAGAACAGGCAAAGAAACGUACCAGAAGGACCCAGAAAUUCCAGAGAGCCAUAGUUGGUGCUUCCCUCAGUGAUAUCAUGGCCAAGCGUAACAUGAAGCCAGAGGUCAGGAAAGCUCAGAGGGAUCAAGCUAUCAAGGCUGCUAAGGAACAGAAGAAAUCAACCAAGGCUGCAAAGAAGACCACAGCACCACCAACAAAAGCGAAGGCGCCACCCAAAGCUAAAGCUGCUAAAGUGAGUCAGAAGGCAGCGCCGCGCGUUGGCGGAAAACGAUAAUACUAUUCUAAUAAAUAAUCUUU